AUGGGCAACCGAAACACCUCAUCCUCUCUCCAUAACUCAUCACACCCGAUAGAUGAUCAAGAGGAUUUUGUAGCUGAAUCCGAGCAUGUUCACUCCACCCGAAAAGGUUUAAAGCAUCAUGAUCAUCAUCAUUCAAAGCCCGUUUACUCCAUCGAGAGUUAUCAUCUUGGAAGAGAUGAGAUUUUACAUACAAGAGCGUUAUUUCAAGCGUUUGGAGAGCAUCAAAAUGUUGUUCAAGGAAAUAUUAAUUCACAAAUUUCAAAAUAUUUGAGCGGUGGAGAAUAUAUUGUGAAAAUUAGCAGUGGAGCUCAUCACACCCUGUUGAUGACUAACCUUGGAGGAUUAAUGAGCUUUGGAAAAAACACGGAUGGUCAACUUGGUAUUGGAGAUUUAGGAGUGCAGUAUUCACCUGAUAUUUGUAGAGUGAGACCAGCAUAUAAGGAACUCGAUGAACAUGCAGUUGAAAUUUGCUGUGGUCAUAAUCAUUCAGUAAUUCUUACAAACUAUGGACGAAUAAUGGCCUGUGGCUGGAACGCAAACUGCCAGUGUGGACUACCCUUUGGUAGCGUUGAUUCAUUCACUGUAGUUCCAUUCAAUCGCUACACCAAAAUGCUGAGAUGUGGAGGUAAUUCAACAUGUAUAUUAACCACUCGCAAUCUACUCUACGUGACCGGUAGUCUUGGAAUCAAGUACCAAAAAUUCUCAGAAUUUGAAUGUGUUCAAGAUUUUAGGGAGCUCUUAAAUGAGGGUGAAAUUAUUGAGGAUUUUCAAUGUGGAGGGCAAACGAUUGUGGUCGUCACAUCCUUUAAAAACAUAUACGCACUUGGAGACUCUUCUUACCGUCAAUUUGGAAAAAUUAAUGUUGAUUCCUCUCGUUUCACAAACAUUACCAAACAAUUACCCUUUUAUUCCCAAAAUUUAUUGAGCUUUAGUUGUGGAAUGUAUCACAAUGUAUUUUUACUGAAUAAUGGAGCCAUAUACGCAGCUGGCUAUAAUGGAUAUGGACAAUGUGGCGUUGGGGAUUUAAGAGACACCGAUGAUUUUACAUUACUGACAAAAUUUUACAAAAUCAAGAAUUCUGAACAGAGUAUUUUAACAAAGAAUAAGACCAAAAAAAUAGAGUACACUUGUUACAAUGUAGCUUUGGAUAAAGAUGAAAAGCAAAAACCACUAUCACAGCCCUUCACCAUUGGAGAACAUGAAAUGAUAAAGAGUGUUUAUGCAGGUUCCUAUCAUACCAUCUUUGUGAGCAAUGUAGGAAAUGUGUAUGCUUGCGGUAACAAUGAAUAUGAUCAAUGUAACUUUCCAGAGUUGGAAGAAGAAGAGAUUAAAUCUAUGCCUCACAUCAGACAAAUGAAUCUUCAACCAAAAGCAGAUAUUGUAAUCUUUGCCAACACUUCUGCUAAUAUUACCAUAGUUGCAGAAAAGGGAGGCAUGAACUCUUUCUUUUACAUUUCUUUGAAAAAGAGAGCAAGACAAGGAGAAUUGUCAGAUAUUGUUUGCAUUUGUUAA